AUGGGUUGGAUUUUUCCAGCCCUUCUUCUGCACAGUUUUAUUGCACUUGUUUUAUCAGCGGAAUCUCUACGAACGCAAGAAUUCCAACGAUAUGACGGUUGGUACAAUAACCUUGCAAACCGCGACUGGGGAAGUGCAGGCAGUCGCCUCCAUCGAGAUUCCCCGUCAAACUACGAGGAUGGAGUGUAUAUGAUGAAUUUAUCACUGCCCUCUGCUCGAGUACUUUCGGAUCUCGUUUUCAAAGGAAAAGCUGGCUUACCAAAUGCACGGAAUCUCACCACUAUGUUCGCUUUCUUCAGUCAAGUUGUUGCUUAUGAGAUCAUGUCCUCAACUGCCACCAGCUGUCCACUAGAGGUGAUGAAAAUACCGGUUCCGCCCGGAGAUCCAGUGUAUGAUAUCGAUGGCACAGGAACGGAAAUCCCAUUCACAAGAGCAAAAUAUGACAAACAGACUGGACAAGGCUUUAACUCACCUCGUGAACAGGUCAACGAACGGACUGCUUGGAUUGAUGGUUCAUUUGUUUAUAGUGUCAUGGAAGCAUGGGUAGCUACAAUGAGAUCGUUUGAGAAUGGAACUCUUAAGGAAGGCAAUACCAAGAGAUAUCCACCCCUGAAUAAUCCUCAUAUUCCUCUCAACAACCCACCCCCACCUCAGAUACACAGGUUGAUGAACCCGGAUAGAUUGUUUUUGCUCGGAGACUCUAGAGUAAACGAGAAUCCAGGACUACUGUCUUUCGGAAUCAUUCUGUAUAGAUGGCACAAUAUUCUUGCUGGAAAGCUACAAGAAGAAAAUCCUCGAUGGACAGAUGAAGAGCUGUUCCAGGGUGCGCGGCGAUGGUUGAUUGCUUCAUUGCAGAAAAUCAUCUUCUACGAUUUCGUGCCGGCUUUACUGGGUAUGGAUGUGAAACCGUACACGAAGUAUAUGCCCCAUGUUCCACCGGGUAUCUCGCAUGCCUUUGCCGCAGCAGCCUUCAGGUUCCCUCAUAGUAUCGUCCCACCAGCUAUGAUUCUUCGCAAGAAUGUGAAUAGAUGUGAAUUUCGUGAAGAAGUUGGAGGAUUUCCAGCAUUAAGAAUGUGCCAAAAUUGGUGGAAUGCACAAGAUAUCGUGCAAGAGUAUAGUGUUGACGAAAUCAUUUUGGGAAUGGCUUCCCAGAUCACUGAGGCUGAUGACCUUAUAGUGGUUGAGGAUCUUCGAGACUACAUUUUUGGACCAAUGCAUUUUACAAGACUUGAUGUCGUCGCAUCUUCAAUCAUGCGUGGCCGUGAUAAUGGCCUCCCCUCCUAUAAUGUCCUUAGAAGAACAUUCAACUUGCCCGAGAAGAGAUGGGAAACCAUUAACGAGAAACUUUACGAGGAAAGAAAAGAGCUUUUCGACCAACUUGCUGGUCUAUACGGCGAUAUCAACUAUUUGGACGCAUAUGUGGGUGGAAUGCUUGAGGGUGACAAUGGCCCAGGGGAACUGUUCAAGGCUAUUAUUAUGGACCAAUUUGAGCGUUUGAGAGAUUCGGAUAGAUUCUGGUUCGAAAACACACAGAAUGGACUUUUCAACGAUACCGAGAUAGACAUGAUCCGUAGCAUCACUCUACGGGACAUUAUCCGUGCAACAACUGAAAUCAAUGAUUCUUGGCUACAGGAUGAUGUCUUUUACUUCCGUGAUGGCGAUCCGUGUCCUCAACCAUUCCAAGUCAACGAGACUGGUCUGGAGAAGUGCAUUCCGUUCAUGAGGUUUGACCACUUCACUGGAAAUGAAGUCACCUACAUCUUUACCCUCAUCGGACUUGGUUGCAUACCACUGAUUUGCUUCGGUAUCGGCUACAUACUCAUUCAAAAACGACGUCGUAUGGGAUGGGACAUCUCGUUCGAUGAUCUCUCAGCCACAGCUGUUGAUGACGAUGCACCAAAGGACCGCUAUUCUAUUCAAGCGUUUGAAUGGCUGCAAGAAUGUUACGUUCGCCAAGUGAUAGUGGAAUUUGCACCUGGUAUUCUGACUGUGAGAAAACCUCGUGGACACAUUUUGAGGAAGAUGAUUUUUCCGGAAAAUGCUGAUGUAAUAGUGUACCACAGUCUACCCAAUGCAUCAACUAUUCAUGGACCCUAUUGCCUUAUCAAGCUAAGGAAGACUCACGACUUGGUUUUACGUCUUCCAUCCGACAAACAUCUGCCUGAAUUCUUAGCUGCACUCACUCUGUGUUUGAAGAAGUUUGAUGGCCGGGUAACAGCUAUUUCCACACCAAAUGAGAUUCUACUGGAUAAGGCAGAGACUAAGGACCGCCGCCAACAACGUCUAGAUCACUUCUUCCGUGAAGCUUAUGCUCGGGCUUUUGAUCAACCGAAACUAAGCGACCGGAACCAUAGGGAAGACGAUAGUGAUGACAUACUUCACCAAACCAUUACCAAGAGUGAAUUAGCUCAAGCUAUGGGCAUGCGAGAAAGUGAUAUGUUCGUACAACGAAUGUUUGCUGUUACUUCUCGUACGGAUAGCGAUGUCAUCACAUUUGCUGAAUUUUUGGAGGUGUUGAGAAAAUUCAAUGAAGGCAAGAUGAAGGACAAGUACAAACUAUUAUUCGCAAUGUGUGACGUUCAUGGUAAUGGACGAGUUCGUCGAAGUGAAUUCGCUGAGUUUGUUCGGUCACUAAACGCUGUAGUUGGUGUAAGCAUCACGGAAAACACACAAAAUCACGUCAUUGACAGCAUCUUGAGUCGAUCAGGUGUUCAUCCUUCCACCGAAUAUUUGACUGCCGCAGACUUCGAAGCGAUUUUCUCGCACGUUGAUGAGCGACGUCCAGUUGGUGUAGAUAUGCGUGGAGCUAGGCUGAAAGUGAACUUGCAUGAAACCGCAUCACUGAGUUCCUUUGCGGUCAUGGCCACCGAAGAAACUCAAAAAUGUCCUCGAGGCAACAUUUUCUCGUCCAUUGCUGCUUUUGUGGAAACUUACCGUCAGCACAUCGCCAUCAUGUUCAUUUUCUGCUGUAUCAAUGCCAUUGUUUUCUUGGAACGAUUCUGGCACUAUCGUUACGAGACCGAACAUCGCGAUUUGCGACGAGUUAUGGGAGCUGGAAUUGCGAUUACUCGUGGGGCAGCUGGAGCAUUGUCAUUCUGUAUGGCAGUGGUGCUGCUUACCGUAUGCAGGAAUGUGAUUACGCUGAUUAGGGAGACGCCUAUGGGAGAAUUCAUCCCAUUUGAUUCGGCUAUUACUUUCCAUAAGAUUGUGGCCCUAUUCGCAGCUUUCUGGGCCUCACUUCAUACUGUUGGCCAUUGUGUGAACUUCUAUCAUGUUGCCACCCAGAGUCAAGAGGGUUUGAACUGUCUAUUCCAAGAAGCAGUCUUUGGAUCCAACUUCCUACCAUCUAUCAGCUACUGGUUUUAUGGUACCAUAACUGGUCUUACUGGUAUCCUGCUCGUUGCUGUUAUGUCUAUCAUAUAUGUGUUCGCAUUGCCAUGUUUUAUGAAACGGGCCUACCAUGCGUUUCGGCUUACUCACUUGCUCAACGUUGCAUUCUAUGCCUUGACAGUACUACACGGUUUACCAAAGUUGCUGGAUUCCCCAAAAUUCUGGUACUACGUCAUCGGCCCAGUGAUCAUCUUUGUCAUCGACCGCAUUAUGGGAAUGCGGCAAGAGUACAAGAAACUGAAAAUUCUCAACGCAGAGUUAUUACCAUCCGACAUAAUCUAUCUCCAGUUCAAGAGACCAUUAUCUUUCAAAUUCCGUUCCGGUCAAUGGGUCCGGAUCUCUUCGCCUGCUUUCUCCUGCGCUUUCAAUGAAUGCCAUGCAUUCUCGCUUGCGUCAGCACCUCAGGCGCCAACGCUUGAAUUAUACAUCAAGGCUGUUGGUCCAUGGACAUGGAAGAUGAGGUCGGAAAUCAUACGAGCACAAGCAAAUGGUUCACAUUAUCCACUGGUACACAUGAAUGGACCGUAUGGCGAUGGAAACCAGGAAUGGACCAAUUAUGAAGUGGCCGUUCUUAUUGGUGGAGGAAUCGGUGUAACACCCUAUGCGUCCACGCUAACUGAUCUUGUCCUCGAAACGACCUCAGGAAGGCAUCAUAGCGUUAAAUGCAAAAAAGUUUAUUUCUUAUGGAUUUGCCCAACACAUAAGAAUUACGAAUGGUUUGUGGACGUACUGAAGGAUGUAGAAGAAUUGGAUAGAAAUGAACUGCUUGAAACACACAUCUUCGUCACUCAAUUUUUCCACAAGUUUGAUUUGCGAACGACUAUGCUGUACAUCUGCGAGAAGCACUUCCGAGGUGACCAUCAAGGUGUAUCAAUGUUCACUGGUCUUCGAGCUCAUAACCACUUCGGUCGUCCAAACUUCGAUGCCUUCUUUUCCUACAUGCAGAACAUACACCAUAAUACCCCCGACAUUGGAGUGUUCAGUUGUGGUCCGUCGUCACUAAACGACCAGAUUAGCUCGGCUUGCGCUCGUGCUAAUCGAGCACGAAACGCUCCCUCUUUUAUGCACAGAUUCGAAACUUUUUAGACAUGUUUUAUUAUACUUUGCUCUAUUUAAUUAUACAAUAGCACUUUGGGUUCUGAAAAUAGGUUCUCAUUUUGACAAGUUGAGCUUUUGCUUUUACUUAGGUAGUGACCUUCUAUGGAAUCCUGCCCAAUCGCUUUAUCACAAAACUGCUGUAUGUAUUCCAGGUAAUCUCAAAAACAUGUGGAGAAUGACACUUGUUAUGACCUAAUUUUCCAUUUACCUUACAUAUAACUAAUGAUCAUUCUGCUCAGCUG